AUGGCGGACAACACCGAGAAGCCUAAGGCGCAAACUGCGAAAGAUAUCCCGUGGUGUAAGUCUCUUAAAAGCUUGCCAGUGUUUACAAGGAAAGAGAUAGAUGAACACCGGAACAAUAGUGGCAAACGAAAGGCUGACGACGUUUCGAAGCCUAUUAAAAAAACCCUGAAGCGCGGCUUAAAAUUUCAAGAAGAACGGUAUCUUUCAUCAGACACAGUGUAUACGAAGGUAUUUGGUAACUCGUUUAUGGUAAAAGCAAAGUGUCGUGCCAGCAUGAGUACUCGAGAAAUUCACGAACUAGAAGUUUCACUCGAUGUAACAUCUGGGAAUGUACGGGAAGCACACUGUACUUGCAGAGCUGGCAAAAGUGGAUACUGUAAUCAUGUGAUGAGUCUUCUACUUGAACUCGCUCGUUACUCUUUGGAAGACUUUGACAGGAUACCCGAGGAAGCAGCAUGUACAAGUAUGUCAAGGAAAUGGGGUAUUCCAGGUAAAGUAUAAAUUGAUUUCAAUUAGCUGUAAGUACCUACCUGUACUUUUGGGCAGCUCACGCAAGUAGUUAACAUGUUCGGUUUUCGUCUGCUAGCAGAAGAAUUAAACUGAUAAUAGCAUAGGUCAUGCUGAAGCACGUCUUGAUAAAGUUGUAUGAUGUGUCUGAAAGUUUUGAAGUGACUUAAGCGUUAUUCACAUAGUGAUCAAACUUUUUUCUGUUCUUGUUCUAAGGUGAGAAAGGUCUACCUAAAGAACCCAUAAUGAAGACAUCAGUUCAAAAGGAGUUAACGAACAAGGGAAUAAAACCAACUCUGUAUGAUCCAAGAGUCAAGGAAAGAAAAAGAUUAGACAUCCGUGGAGUUCAAGUAAUGCAAAAGGAAUUGGAAUCAAUUCAUCCUCUUAUUGGUUUUUCCCAUGUCAUCCCAAAAAAGCCUGAAUUGCUGACUAAUAUAGACACCAGGUAUGGACCAGUGGUCAUUGGAUCUCCCCUCUCUUUUCAUUUAAGUUCUUUGGAGUUCAAUUUCACUGUUGUCACUAACCUGGAACCGGCAGUUAACCCUGCUCAAGCCGAUUCAAGUGACAUUUACAAAGUAAGCUUGCCAUUCCAUUUCCCAGAUUUACCUGAAGCUGUUCAUUUCAGUACUGUGCAACAAACAUUCAUUGAACACUUAAGAGUAACUCACCAAGAAAGUAUUGAUAUUGAGAAAAGGACUGUUAAGCAAAGGGAAUGUGAUGAGUGGAUAAAACACCGCAAAAAUAGACUUGGAUCAUCUGUGUGUCACAGAAUAUAUGUAAGGAAACGAAGUUUCAAUAAUCUUGCCAAGGAACUUAACCAGCCAUUUAAGCCUCUAGAUGAAAUUCCAGCAAUUCAGCAGAGAAAGCUAAAGCAUGGCAUAAAAUUUGAGCCAGUUGCAAGAGAAAAAUAUUAUGAUGUCAUGAAGCACUAUUUGAAGAGGCCAAUUACCUUGAGAGAGACAGGAAUGGUGAUUCCCCCUUGCAUGUUUUGGCUUGAAGGCAGUCCUGAUGGUCUUGUUAUUGAUCCAUGUUCCUCAUCUGGGAAGAUAGGGACAAUUGAAAUGAAAUGUCCAGAGGGAAAGAAGAACCACACCCCAGAGGAGGCAAUGAAAGAUGAAUCGUUUUACAUUGAAUUAGUUGAUGGUAAACCCAACCUGAAGAAAGAUCAUCACCUAGGAUAUUACACCCAAGUCCAGCUAGUUAUGGGUUUCUGUGGUUUAGAAUGGGUUGACUUUGUAGUCUACCUAUUUAAAGGGAUGAUCAUCACAAGGGUUCCAUUUAAUAAAGAUUAUUUUGACCAAGUAGUAUGUAAAGUAAACAUCUUCUAUGUAAAGUGGUUUCUUCCUCAGGUCAUGGCCUAA